AAAAACGGAGCGAUGAAUCUCUGCAUUUUAUAAUCAGAGAUUCAAAGAACUCACAUGUCGAUAGGCCGAACCUGAAUUUGGUUUGGACUAUUUAGUUUGGUAUAGGACGAACCUGAAUUUUGCUUAUUUAUUUGCAUUUAUUGCUUCCUUGUUUUACCUCAUCUUGUAGUACAGACUCAUCCGUGCGGCCGAUUUCUGCUUCUCCCUCAUUCAACACCUAUUCUUUUGUGUCCGAUUCGUUCAUGUUGUGGGGAAGAAGACAUUUUUUUGGCUUUGGUGAUUAAGAGAUGGUGGCGACUCAAGCUUCGUUUCCGGGCAUUGGUUUCUCUUCUUCUGCUUCGCAGUCUCGUUUAAUCUUCCCCAGAAAUUGCCAUUUUUAUCACACAUCCUUGCCUUAUAUUCCACACUCCACCCUCCAAUAUAGAGGUUAUAAAAUCGAUUCACUGAAACAUGCUAGAAUUGCAAAAUCAAGGCUUACCGUUUGCUCUGCCGAAGCUGGGCGAGAUUCUUGUACUGUGAAAGAACGAAGUGUAUCAGUUGUACUCCUUGCCGGAGGGAAGGGCAAGAGGAUGGGGGCUUGCAUCCCAAAGCAGUAUCUUCCGCUUCUAGGCCAACCAGUUGCAUUGUAUAGUUUCAACACUUUCUCUCACAUGGGUGAAGUGAAAGAAAUCGUUGUUGUUUGUGAUCCUUCAUACAGAGAUAUUUUUGAAGAUGCCAAAGGAGACAGCAUAGCUGAGCUUAAAUUUGCUCUGCCUGGGAAGGAAAGACAGGAUUCAGUUUACAAUGGAUUCCAGGCUAUUGAUCCAAACUCUGAGCUGGUUUGUAUCCAUGAUUCUGCAAGACCUCUGGUAUUGGCAAGAGAUGUGAAAAAGGUUCUUAAAGAUGGAUUGUCAAUUGGAGCGGCUGUUCUUGGAGUUCCGGUGAAGGCUACAAUCAAAGAGGCAAACAGUGAAUCUUUUGUAGUUAAAACACUGGACAGGAAAACACUAUGGGAGAUGCAGACUCCGCAGGUUAUCAAGCCUGAGUUGCUGAGAGAAGGAUUUGAGCUUGUAAACGGCGGAGGUCUAGAAGUUACCGAUGAUGUUUCCAUCGUUGAGCACCUUCAACAUGCUGUUUAUAUCACUGAAGGAUCUUACACCAACAUCAAGGUCACUACUCCUGAUGACUUGUUACUGGCAGAGAGAUUAUUACAUGUGGAUUCUGGAUUUGAUUUGUGGCCGGAGCUAUCAAGAAGAAACCCAGAGCGGUGUACCAACACAACAGAGCAGGAGAAAGGGCCUAUUUCAGUCAAGGAAAAAGAGAAGCUGGUAGGAGCAUAGCUAAGGUGGAAAAAGGGGAAGUUUAGUUGAUUUGUUACUGUUAAUCAAUGUGACAUUAAUAUUUUUUCUGUUUAUGUUCCCAUUUUGUGGAGCAUUUAAACUUUACUGAUAUGAUUGUAUGUGUGGAGGAAUGCAGGAGGGGAGUAGAUCUUACAUAGUUGGGUUUUAGUGAUAUAGAUUAUACGUGAGAUGUGAAUGAAUCCAUGAAGUACACAUCCAAUAUUUUGGAUUGGAUGUGUAAUUUACCAGUUAUGAUUUAUUAGAGCUGGAACAGGGGAGCAAAGUCUUCGAAAGUAAAAUCUGGACAGCACUGAUAAAUAAAUAUUGCUAAACCAA